AUGCUGGUCACCGCUCUCACCGCCCUCGCCCUUGCGGCCCUCGUCUCCGGGGACGACCUCUCGACCGUGGCGCAGCGCAAGCGGUCCGACAUCGCCAACCUCGGCUUGACGGCGUCGUACGCGCCGACCAUCUCACUCGCACAAGUUCCCUCCUGGGUAUCAACCUUGACGCCGGAGGGCAAGUGGCCAGACGUCGACUACACUGCCGGCUGUGCCGCCGACCGCGCAAUCUGGAAGGCGGAGGAGCACCUUGCGCGCGUGCUCGGCCUAGGACAGGUAUGGAGUGGGCUCAACUCCAAUGUGACGGCCUAUGUCAAUGACUCGGGCGUGUACGACACGGCUGUCAAGGCGCUCGACUGGUGGUUUAGAAACGACUACAACAACACCGGCUGUCUCGUCAAUGGCGGCAAGGCGCAGUGUCCUUGCACGACCCCGGGGCUGUGGAACCAGAACUGGUUCUUCCAGGGCAUCGGCGUCCCGACGCUCGUGUCUGAGGCGUGUCUCCUCCUGUCGAUCAAGCCUGGUGGCUUGUCGGCAUCGCAGCGGGCCAAGUGCAUUGACAUUGGCCUCCGAGGCUCCAUCUGGAGCAAGGACCAGGUCCUGGCGCCAAACUACCAGACCGGGUCCAACUUCCUCAACAUGGUGCAGGAUGCCAUCUCCGUUGCGCUCUACAGCGGCAACGAGACGCUCCUCACCCAGGCAUACGACGCUGGCAUGGCGACCUUCGGGUUUGUCGACGCGCCAAGCCAGGACGGCACGCACCGGGACGGCUCGUUCCUCGCGCACAACGCACAACUAUACAACGGCGCGUACGGGCGCGAAGUGAUCAAAUCCUUUAUCCAGCUCCAGUCCAACGCCGUGGGCACAAAGUACAGCGCGAACCCGGCCACGCAGGAGGCCGUCGCGGCCCUCAUCCGCGGUAGCGACUGGCAGAUCCACACCAACGCCGACGGCGUGCUGCGCUGGGACCUGUCCGUGAUUGGGCGCUACAUCUCGGCCCCACUGUCAGACAAGCUCGCCAACGCCGGGAUCCAGUUCAACGCUACGGCCCUCAGAGCGGCGGUUGCGGACUUCUCCGGGGCCAACGACCUCUCCGACUGCAUUGCGCGGCUCACGCAGGCGGGUAACGCCCAGCGGCUGCUCGGGAACAAGGCAUACUGGGCCGGCGACUACAUGGUGCACCGCCGCCCGAAUGUCACCCUGUUCAACAAGCUCAUCUCGACGCGCUCCUCCAACGCAGAGUUCACGAACGGCGCCAACCCGCUCGGAUACCACGUCAACCAGGGCGGCCUGUGGUCGUGGGUCACGGAGAACGAGUACCUGGACGUCACUGGCGCGUGGGACUGGUAUCUCGUCCCCGGGCGGACAGUGCUGUACCACUACCCCGCGCUCAGCAGCUCUUGGGUGCAGGUGACGGGCAAGCGCGACUUUGUCGGCGUGGUCAGCGACGGCCAGAACGGGUUCAGCGUGAUGGACUACAUCGACCCGCAUGACGGCAGCAUCUCGUACCGCCGCGCAUGGUUCUUCAUCGACGACGUGGUCGUCAACACUGUGGCGAAUGUGUCGAACAAUGCGGGUGUCGACGCGCCGAUUGUCACUGUGCUUGACCAGCGGUUGUCGGACGGGUCGACGUUGAAGCUCGAUGGAGCGGCGAGCAGCUCCAACAGUGUCACUACCUCGGCGAAGACCCUGUCAUACGGUGGUAACGGGUACGCUGCGCUGGACGGCGCGAGCUUCAACCUCACUACGAAGCAAGGUUUACAGACUGGUAACUGGUCGGCGCUGUCCGUCUCCACUGCGGGAGUCACCACAAAGGAUAUCUUCACCGCCUACCACACGAUGACGAAUGGCUCGUCGUUCUCAUACGCCUUCUACCCGGGGCAAGAGCCGACCACGGGUGGCAUUUCGACGCUUGGAUCGAACGGUGUUCUCGGCGCGGCGGGGAGGACGUACCUCGCUGCGUCGUUCUGGCCCGGUGCGACGAACACGGUCACUGUCGGGAUGGACAAAGUCGGCGCCAAGUGGGCCGGCUCGCUCACCCUCGUGUCUUCCAGCCCUGCUAUCUAUCUCCUCAAGUUCACUGGUGCUGGCGUGACGGUUUACGCUGCCGACCCCACGCAGAAGCUCGCAAAUGUGACGCUCACCCUCGCGAUGCAGGGCGCCAAGGCAUCGUGUGGCGUCUGUCGUCGUGGCGGAGCGGUUCCCGCGUGCACCGCCGUGCCUGUCGGCGUGAAGCUCACGUUCACCUUGCCCUCCGGCGGCAUGGCUGGCAGCACAGUGUCGGCGUCGGUGAACCUCGGAAAGUAA